CGCGAGUUUUUGUUUUUGUCAGCGUCUAAAAAGUUCAGUUAGCAACCAGAUAAAGCCAUGAGCUAACAGUACGCUUCAGCCCGCCAUAAAUCUGAUUUGUUCGACAUUUUGGUUAUUUUCAAACUUAUCUCGCUGCAGCUCAAAAAUGUCAGUUGACAAAGAGGAAACUCGUCAGAGGUUGAAGGCAGCGGUUCAUUACACGGUGGGUCGUUUGUGUCAGAAGAUCGGAGAGGAACACCGGAGGGAGUUCAGCCGACAGACCAUAGCAGCCAUAGCCGAAACGACAUUCAGAGAGUGCGACAUCUUUGCCAAGGAUCUGGAAGCUUUUGCCAGACACGCCAAAAGAAGCACAGUGUCUGCAGAGGAUGUAAAACUUCUAGCCCGCCGCAGUAGUGCUCUGUCCAACCACAUACAAAAUAAAAGUGAAGAACUGGCCCAGGAGCAGAGAGAUUCCAGAAAGAAGAGUACAGUGAAGAGGAAGAGCAGAGACACCGAGGAGGAGAGCAGAGAAUGAGGACAAGACAUAGGGAAGCCUGAAGCGGCUCACUUUGUGCCCAACAUGCAUAGAAAAAUAAGAGCUUGACCAGAACAAACUGCUUUAAUGAACUUUACAGAAACAAGACUGAUGUAAAGCUAAACUCGUCUCAGGAGGCGCCGAGUUGGCAUGAAGUGACGAAUGAUGAGCAACAAAAUCUUAAAAGAACUGUUCAUGUAACAUUUACUGUGACCAAUAAAUCCUAUAUUCAUCUGCCUGGUUUGGGUUGCUAAACAGACCAUUAAAUCCUCUAAAAUGCUGUUUGACGUGCCGACUAAAGGCAGUUUGCCCCUUCACCAUUUUGUCAUGACUGGUUCACACACAAAAACCUAUUAAAUGGUGGUUAAGCUUUUUUUUUUUUUUUACAACAAAACCCCAAAUAAACAUGUAUAUUAUUUACCUUAAUAUUUUCUGUAAUUAUAUUUAAAAAAUGUGGGUUUGGGGCAAACAUUUUUCCUAAAUAUGCAAUUUUGGUCCCUGAUCAAACAAAACACUACGCAGGUAAAUAUUUAUUGGAAAUAAA